AUGAAAUUCCGAUCUUUAGCGCUGUCACUCCGUGUGUUCGGCGUCAAGAACCGUCUUCUACAAGCGAAUCAGAAUGAGGUGAGCCACUUUUUUUUUUGCAAAUUUUGUGCUCUCGGGUCAUUUGACACACACACCCAUGCACUCUUUUUUGACAGAAAGUGA